CCAUUCAUGCUGAAACGGAUGACAUCAUAGUCAGUUGGUGUAAAGUGGGAGGGUGGGUGCGUGAGGAAGAAGAAGAAGAAGUAGAAGAGGAGGAGGAGGAGGAAAGUGGAGGGAUUCUCGUGUCUGUUCAGCCCUCUUUUCCUCCUCACGCGGUCACAUCGCAACAAUGGGCGAAUCUUCCGAGGAAGCCCCGGGUCUUGCGAGGACAACGAGCCGCGGAUGUACGCCGCUGUCCCCGGCUCCCUAGUCAAACCGAAGCAUCAGCCCGACACGACCGUUAGACGGAGCAGUCAGUAGCAAUGGAGUUGAGAGUGGGAAAUAAGUAUCGCCUCGGGAGGAAGAUAGGGAGCGGAUCCUUCGGCGACAUUUACCUCGGCUCCAACCUUGCCACGGGAGAGGAAGUCGCCAUCAAGCUGGAAUGCGUAAAGACCAAACAUCCCCAGCUCCACAUUGAGAGUAAAUUCUACAAGAUGUUGCAGGGUGGAGGUGAGGCUCCCAGAGUUGGCAUCCCGUCCAUCAAAUGGUGCGGCGCCGAGGGCGACUACAACGUGAUGGUCAUGGAGCUGCUGGGCCCCAGUCUGGAGGACCUAUUCAACUUCUGCUCCCGCAAGUUCAGCCUGAAAACCGUCCUGCUCCUGGCCGAUCAAAUGAUCAGCAGGAUUGAAUACAUCCACCUGAAGAACUUCAUCCACAGAGACGUGAAGCCCGACAACUUCCUGAUGGGUCUCGGCAAGAAGGGCCACCUCGUCUACGUCAUCGACUUCGGCCUGGCGAAGAAAUACCGCGACUCCCGAACGCACCAGCACAUUCCCUACCGAGAGAACAAAAACCUCACCGGCACCGCCCGCUAUGCUUCUAUCAACACCCACUUGGGCAUUGAGCAAUCGAGGCGAGACGACCUAGAGUCGUUGGGGUACGUCCUGAUGUACUUCAACCUGGGAUCGUUGCCUUGGCAAGGGCUCAAGGCCGCCACCAAGAGGCAGAAGUACGAACGUAUCAGCGAAAAGAAAAUGUCGACUCCCAUUGAGAUGCUGUGCAAGGGCUACCCCUCUGUGUUCUCCACCUACCUGAACCUGUGUCGCUCUCUGCGCUUUGAAGACGAGCCAGACUAUUCAUACCUGAGGCAGCUCUUCAGGAACCUUUUCCACAGACAAGGCUUCUCUUAUGACUACGUCUUUGACUGGAGCAUGCUCAAGUUUGGAGGCAGCAGGACGGUUGAAGAUGGAGACAAAGAACGAAAGGUGGAAAAAGACAAAGACGAGCGAGCAGGCGAAGGCCAGAGAGUCGCUGGAGGUCGAGCUUUGCUGUCUGGAUCCAAAGCUUCAGCCGCCAACCGAGUCAAAAACGACGCAGAUGUCAUUCAGUCUAAAGCAGUCACUUGCGGCGUCCAGCAGUCAGGUAACUGCUCCCCUCAGGUUGCUCGAGCGGAACGGGUCGAGCGAGAGCGCAAAGUGGCCAUGAGGCUUCAUCGUGGCGCCCCCGCCAACGUGUCCUCCUGUGACAUUUCGGCGCGCCUCGACCAAUCACGCAUAACUGCAUCACAGGUCAGUGUGCCAUUUGAACAUUUGGCAAAGUGAGUUCUUUUCGACUGGCCUGCUGGUCAGAGGCAGAUAAAUGAAACCACGGGGGAGCGGAAGAGCAGGAAGAAGGUGCGGUGCCAGCCCCUAAACAGGGAGUUCAGUGAUGUGUCCGCGUGUCAACUCUGGUGACCAGAGGGAGCGGAAGUAACGCUUCAAUGAUGGAAACCGGUGGGCCAGGAAAAAACCUUUAAUAGUACUGGCCCAGUACUGUUUAUCUUGUGGAGAGGGGGGUGGGGUUUGGGGUGGCGAGGCGGGGGGGGCUGUACAAUAACCAAUAAUCACGUGUCCAAUAGACUCAGAGGCUCAACUCGCAAAAAACACAUCACAUCCAAUUGCACAAACAUUCAGGUUUCUGUGGUUUACAGAUAUAACGUUAAUGUUAAAGAGUUAAAUAAGCUGCAUAUUGAUGUCUUUCAUACAAAAAUACAGGUAUAACCAGUGUGGCAGUCAGGCGUAUCAUUUGUGUAUUUAGACCUUUCUUAGAAAUAGUCUAAAAAGUCCACGUGUUACUAUCGUACUUGUUCAUCACCCAGCUUUGCCUCCGAGUCCAAAAUAUAAAAUGCAGGAAUGUUGAAUUAUAGAAUGUACAAAAAGCCUGCAUUGUCUCUCUUGAUGUGUUAAAAGGAGACAAUGUAAAUAAGGAAUGAGGAAAUAAACUCAAUGGCUGAAUGUUACUCUGACUCCUUAUUUAAAUAUGUAAGUAAAACAUUCUUGCUAAUGUUCUGUAUGUCUGUUUUUUUUAUUGUUGUACAGUUAUGUUUAAUUUGGGGAAAAUGUAAAUGACAAUUACCAGAAUGUAUUAGAUCAAGCUAAAGAUGGUUAUCCCUAUAAA